UGUCACCGUCAUGAAUAUGCCACAAAUGGAAAUAUAGCGAAAGUUUUAUUCUUUAUUAAAAUUUGACGAUUACAAUUUGAAAAUUGGAUGCAAGCAUGCGCAGUAAACAGUUAGUUCACGUGGUUUGGCAUCAAUUAUUGUAGGUUAUGUUGCUUUGACAAUAGUGAUGGGGCUUAAUACAUUCCCAUUAGAUCGGUUUAUAAGGUAAUUUGUGUGUAAAGUAUGUCGGCUUGUGAAGACGAGGAGUACAGAAUCACUCCUGCACAACAAGCGGCGGCGUCCUGCACAGGGGCACUAGUAACAUCAUUUUUUGUAACUCCUUUGGAUGUAGUAAAAAUAAGAUUACAACUGCAACAAAAAGCAGUGUCCAAUAAUUGCUUUCUUUACUGCAAUGGGUUGAUGGAUCAUAUUUGUGGAUGUCAUCCAAAUCAUCUUCAAAAAGAAUGGUUUCAAAGGCCUGGACAUUUUAAUGGAACACUGGAUGCAUUUAUCAAAAUCAGUAAACAUGAAGGCAUCAGUUCUUUGUGGAGUGGAUUGGGUCCCACUUUGGUAUUGGCAAUACCAGCAACAAUUGUGUAUUUUGUGUCUUAUGAACAACUUCGAAUACAUUUACUGGAUGCACAUCGAGAAAGGCUGGGUGAACAAGUUAAACAACCUUAUUGGAUUCCACUAAUAUCUGGAGCAACUGCAAGAGUUGUCUCUGUUAGUAUAGUUAGUCCUUUGGAAUUAAUAAGGACAAAAAUGCAGUCACAGAAACUAAGUUAUUUCGAGGUUGGAUCAGCAUUAAAAAUGCUUGUAAAGAAUGAUGGAGUCAAAGGGCUGUGGAAAGGUUUACUGCCAACUCUCUUACGAGAUGUUCCCUUUUCCGCAUUGUAUUGGUUUAGCUAUGAAACUAUAAAAGGAUUGUAUACCACUGACCAACCCUCUUUCCUAUUAAGCUUCAUUGCUGGAGCAGUUUCUGGAAGUGUAGCGGCUAGCGUAACUGUACCAUUUGAUGUUGUUAAAACUCAUCAACAAAUAGAAUUCGGACAGAGUACAAUUACCGGAGAGCCCAUGAAAACAAGAACGACGAAAGCUGUCAUUAAAGAUAUAUACAGUAAACAUGGUGUCAGGGGUCUGUUUGCGGGAAUAGUUCCCAGGCUAAUAAAAGUUGCCCCUGCAUGUGCCAUUAUGAUAUCAACGUUCGAAUAUGGAAAGGUAUUUUUCAACAGGUUAGCAAAGUCAGGUCAACAAACAUAUCCAUCUGGGCCUCCUCCACCAACCACCAUCAGUAAUAAUAGUACAAGUAGUAGUAGCAAUUGCAGCUUGGUUGUAAUCAUACAAAGACAUAUUUUCCCGGUGAUAUUGUUUGUCGUAAUGUCUUGCUCUGAUGUCAACCAGCACGGUUUUUAUAAUAAUAAAUUACUCUUGCUGUUUAAGAAAACAUUGUGUUUUAAAAGUGCUUAGUAAUUAGUUGUAAAUCUUAAAACAGAUGCAGAGUAUAUAAUUUCAUAUAUUUACCUACAAGGUGUGAUAUUUAUUUUUUAAUAUAGUUGUAUGAGUUUAGAUGUAAUUCUUUUUUAGACGAAAAGACGUGGAACCUAAUGAGGAUUGCGAUUAUUCGAAAUAUUUCGACUAUGAUGAUGACUUUAUUACGAUAAUCGUCGAUUACCCUGCUGGGCAUUUGUAAAUACUGUGUGAUGUAUUGUAAAUACAGUGUAUAAAAGUGAUAAAUACAGAUACAUUAAAUGUAAAUAAA